AAUCCUUUUUGCUCCUGGCGCGCCAAAUUCUUCCAAGUUCUUCGACCGCGCAACCACCACGAUAUCGGAUAUUCGACGACCAUCGGCCAGCUCUUCACAGUAAGUCAAAAGCCUUACGCAAUCCACGACAAUACAAUUUGGUUCUAACAGUCUUUCAGAUGGGUCGUCUCACGGAAUACGAGGUCAUCGGGCGUCACUUGCCCACCGAGUCCAACCCGACUCCCGCCCUGUACCGCAUGACCAUCUUUGCUCCCAAUGUCACGGUUGCGAAGUCCCGUUACUGGUACUUCUUGCGUGGCCUGAAGAAGGUCAAGAAGGCCACCGGUGAGAUCGUCAGCGUCAAGGAGAUCCACGAGAAGCACCCCCUCAAGGUCAAGAACUUCGGUAUCUGGAUCCGCUACGACUCUCGCUCCGGCACCCACAACAUGUACAAGGAGUACCGCGAGAUGUCCCGCACCGACGCCGUCGAGGCUCUCUACUCCGACAUGGCCGCCCGCCACCGUGCCCGCUUCAGGUCCAUCCACAUUCUCAAGGUCGUCGAGCUCGAGAAGGGCGACGACGUCAAGCGUCCCUACAUCAAGCAGCUCAUCACCAAGGACCUCAGCUUCCCUCUCCCUCACCGCGUCGCCAAGAUCAACAACCAGAAGAUCUUCAGCGCGAAGCGCCCCAGCACCUUUGCAUAAAGCGGUUGUUGGACGCGGCGUUGUUUCUCUGGUUUUCGACAAAUGGAGGGGCGGGCUACUACUACUGGCAGGUGUUCAUUAGGUCUCAUUGAACUAUCACGUGCAUUUGCUCUCUGAAAGGCAGGGGGCCGAACCAAAAAGAAAUGGAAUUCAAUUCAAAAACAUCUUUUGAGCAUGGCCAGCAUGGGGAAAAGGAACCGAU